AUGAGCUUCCCCAGGAAGGUGACUGCUUGGGGGGGGUUCGGCCCUGAGGGCAGCGAGCGGCCCCGCGCGCAGAGUGGCCGGCGCGCGGCCUCGCGGGCACUCAGCCAAGGCCUUGAGUUGGGGGCAGCCGGCGGCGACGUCCACGGUGGGCCCCAGGAGCCCGAGAGCUUCGUGUGGGAGCACGAUUGCCCAGAGGAGAUCAGCGAGAUCCACAUGAUGAGGGUGAGCAUCUACACCAGAGGAGGCCCGGCCAGCGCCAGCAGCCUGGAUGAUCCUGGAGACAGAGACACAGGCCGCCUGCCGAGCUUCCUGGUCAGGGAGGGCUUUGUUCACGGGACGGCCCUGGGCUCGGGCUCGGGCUCGGGCUUGGGCUCGCUGCUGGCAGCCGCUGCCCGAGGCCUCCCCGCGGCCCGGCCCCCGCGAGCCGUUGGUGUGGCGGGCCUGCCGCUGCCCCGGGCCGCUCCUAGGAAGGGGGUGGCUCAGGUGCGGCAGUCCCUGCCCCCUGGCUCCGAGAUGGCCCUGGGGAGACUCUUUCCUCCCUGGGGGCUGAGAGUCCAGGCAGCGCCCCUGGAGCCGGGGCUUCCCCCAAUCUGCGGCGUUCAGCUGCUCGGGAGGUCCAAGAAGCAGAGCCCGGUGCCGUGGGCAACCAAGCAGUCCAAGCGCGCUGGUGUCUCUGGCAAGAAAUCUGGCGCCAGGAAGCCCCGGGAGUUGGAGCCGGUGGUGGCGGGAGAAGAAAAUGACCCAGACAGAGGUCCAGUGCCCAAGGGCCAACUUCCUGCACAGAGAUCAAGGUCAUCUCUGAGUAUGCACCGUGGACAAUUCAGCAUUCGAGACCGCAACACCAGAGCCCCCCAAGCUCUUGCAAUCUCUCAGCUCUUGGUCCCCAGUCAGGGAGACGUCAUGCUCAGGCCCACAGCCUCGGAUGACCAGGAGCCACCAGACCAUCCCCCAAGACCAGAAAGGCAGCCGCCUGCAGCACAGGGCUGUCCUCAGUGUGUGACACUCCAGAAAGAAAUAGAGGAGCUCAGAGCGCAUCUUGGCAAGCAGUCCCUGGCUGACAAGUCCCAGACCCUGUGAAGUUGAAGCCCGCAUCUUGCUACGAGAGAGGCGGCUGGUGGCUUGGGAGCC